AUGUCCUCCAGACCUCCUGCGAGUUGUUGCACCCAGGGCUUCAAGCAUGAAGGAGAGCCCACAGGUGUGAUUAUCAAGAUUCAGGACAAAUGGACCGCAUAUGUUGCCGCAGCCGAGGGCAAGCAAAAGAGGGAUGGUGUCGGUAUUCUGCUCGUCCCAGAUGUGAUGAGCAUCAGUAACAAUGUCAAAUUGCUUGCUGACGAGUUUGCCUCCCAUGGGUUCACCUGCAUGGCACUCGACAUCUUCAACGGCGACGCCCUGACACUGAACGACCUCAUCUCGGGAAGAGAUGUCGCCAAGUGGCUCCGGGAGGGCUCUGAUGGGCACAACCCCCAUACACCAGAAGUCAUUGACCCUAUUGUCUCGGCGGCGAUCGAGACUCUGAGGACCGAUUAUGGAGCUUCUAAGAUCGCAUCCGCCGGUUACUGCCUUGGGGCCAAGUACACGAUCCGGUUUUUGAAAUCGAGUAUCGACAUUGGCUAUGUCGCCCACCCAAGCAACGUCAGCGAUGAGGAGCUGGCGGCAAUCAACGGUCCGCUUUCCAUCGCGGCGGCCGAGAAAGACCACAUUUUCCAAGUCGAGGAUCGCCAUCGCUCGGAAGCGAUCCUGUCCGAGACUGGGAAGCCUUUCCAAAUAUUUCUGUACUCCGGCACGGCUCACGGCUUUGCAGUGCGGGGGAACAUGAAGGACAAGAGCGACAGGGAGAAUAAGGAGCAGGCACUGGAACAAGCAGUCGCUUGGUUCGACCGGUUUCUAUGA